AUGCAAUCGCACUUCUGUUGGCUCUCCACGUGUUUGCACAUAAAGCUGAACGCGAAUCGCACGGUGGUGGGUGUGCUGCGGGGCUUCGACCAGUUCAUGAACCUCGUGCUCGACAACACCGUGGAGAUGAGCGGUGAUGACAGGACCGACAUCGGCAUGGUGGUGAUUCGUGGAAAUAACCAGUGCAGCGAUGUGAUCGACGCGCUACCAGCGGCGCUCUGGCACCGCAUCUUCCACCUGCUGCUGGAACGCCAAUGCAGCAGCGCCACCCCUCCGCACUCCGCGGGCGGCCGCUACUACUGCCGCGCGCUAAGCGCUGCGCAGCGUGCAGAGGCGAAUGCCACCAACGCGAAUGCCACUAGCAGCGAUGGGAGUGGUGCUGGUGCUGGUGCUGGCACCAACGACCCACGGAGGAACGUGAACUGUGCGAGCAGCAGCGAAGGCAAGAGUAGUAACGGCAAGGGCAACGACGAGGGCACCGGGGUGUCGCCACUCACAGCUGAUGACCUCCACUCCCACCUGCUCGCGCUCUCACACCCUUCCAUCUUUCCCCUCACUCCCCGUUUUCCUCCCUCCCUCCCUCCCUCCCUCCCUCCCUCCCUCCCUCCCUCCCUCCCUCCCUCCCUCCCUCCCUCCCUCCCUCCCUCCCUCCCUCCCUCCCUCCCUCCCUCCCUCCUUCCCUCCCUCCCUCCCUCCCUCCCUCGCUCCCUUUCUUCUCCACCUCCGCCCGCCACCAGGAGCACGGCGCGCCCAUCAGUCUGCACCUCACAGCCGCCCAGCCCCAGUGGACCACCAGCGUGCGCUGGCUUCUUUCCCACUCUCCCGUCCUCCCCUCCCUCCGCCUCUCCUUCUCCCACCCCUCGCUCAUCCCCCUCAUCCGCCGCCCCUUCACUCUCCCCUCCUCUCCCGCCCCCUCCUCCAUCUCAUCCCUGCAACUAA